AUGGAGCUGCUGACUGGGACUGGCCUGUGGCCCGCGGCCAUAUUCACAGUCAUCUUCAUACUGCUGGUGGAUCUGAUGCACAGGCGCCAGCGCUGGGCUGCCCGCUACCCACCAGGCCCUGCGCCGUGGCCUGUGCUGGGCAACCUGCUGCAGCUGGACUUAGAGAACAUGCCGUAUAGCAUGUACAAGCUUCGAAACCGCUAUGGUGACGUGUUCAGCCUGCAGAUGGUCUGGAAGCCUGUGGUCAUCAUCAAUGGCCUGAAGGCGGUGCAGGAAGCUCUGCUGACCCGUGGAGAGGACACUGCUGACCGCCCCGAAAUGCCCAUCUUUCAACACAUUGGCCAUGGACACAAAGCCCAAGGUGUGGUCUUUGCACCUUAUGGGCCCGAGUGGCGAGAGCAGCGGCGGUUCUCUGUGUCCACCCUGCGCAACUUCGGCCUGGGCAGGAAAUCUCUGGAGCAGUGGGUGACAGAGGAGGCUGGCCACCUCUGUGAUGCCUUAGCCGACCAGGCUGGGCAUCCCCUCACUCCCUACAUGCUCCUGAACAAAGCCGUGUGCAAUGUGAUCGCAUCCCUCAUUUACGCCCGCCGCUUUGAGUAUGGAGACCCUUCCCUCAUCAACAUGCUAACAACAUUGGAAGAAAACAUGGGAGAGAAUACUGGCUUGCUUCCUGAGGUUCUGAACACGUUCCCAAUUCUCCUGCGUAUCCCGGGGUUGGCCGACAAGGUCUUCCCGGCACAAAAGACAUUCAUGACUAUGGUGGAUGCGCUGCUGGCUGAGCACAGGAGAACCUGGGACGUUGACAAGCCACCUCAAAGCCUAACUGAUGCCUUCUUGGCUGAGAUGGAGAAGGCCAAGGGGAAGCCUGAGAGCAGCUUCAAUGAUGCGAAUCUACGUCUCGUUGUCUCUGAUCUGUUUGGUGCUGGGAUUGUGACCACGUCAACCACGCUGUCCUGGGCCCUGCUGCUCAUGAUCCUGCACCCGGAUGUGCAGCGCCGUGUCCAGCAGGAGAUCGAUGAAGUCCUAGGGCAGGCGCGGCACCCAGAGAUGGCCGACCAGGCCCGCAUGCCCUACACCAAUGCUGUCAUCCAUGAGGUGCAGCGCUUUGCGGACAUUGUCCCAUUGAAUUUGCCACACCUGACGUCACGUGACAUUGAAGUACAGGGCUUCCACAUCCCUAAGGGGACGAUGCUCAUCACGAACCUGUCCUCUGUGCUGAAGGACGAGACCGUCUGGGAGAAACCCCUCCACUUCCAUCCUGAGCACUUCCUGGACGCCCAGGGACACUUUGUGAAGCAUGAGGCCUUCAUGCCAUUCUCCGCAGGCCGCCGCAUAUGCCUGGGGGAGCCCCUGGCCCGCAUGGAGCUCUUCCUCUUCUUCACCUGCCUCCUGCAGCGCUUUAGCUUCUCGGUGCCCGAUGGACAGCCCAGGCCCAGCGACCAAGGCAUCUUCGCACUGCCAGUUUUUCCAAAGCCUUACCAACUCUGUGUAGCCGUGCGCUAGCAGGGCCAGUGGCUCUAUCCUUCUGCUCAGCCUGCGCUGAUUGAAUGUUCAAUAAACAAGUUCUGUGGCUGCAA